UGGGUGAAGGUCAGGGGCGGUCUCCGCCGCCCCGUCAGUUUCGGCCCUGACGGCUCAGCCCGCUUCCUGAGUAGCCAUUGCCAUGCAGACCCCCGAGACUAUAAAACCAGGUAUCCAUGCGGGCGGCGACUCCCGCGCCGCCAAGCCCCCCAAGUAAGGAGCAAGCGCCCUGGCGUGGCCCGGCCCCCGCGAGAGGGGAGGAGGCGGAGGAGCGGCGCCGGGAGAUUGAGGAGCGGCGCGCCCCGCCAGGGCUAGAGGCAGGCGCGCACGGCGGGCGCCACCGUCUCAGCAGGGGAGCGGUGCUGCCCCGGGUGUGGGUGAGUGGCGCGGCUCCCAGCCACGACGGACUGAGGGGCGCCGGACACUGGGAAAGCAGCGGGAGAGUCAGGAGGGGCCCGAGCUUCGGCUCCCGUCGUCUUGUGGCGGGCCAGGCGCGGAGCCCGGAGUAGCGAGCAACCUACACCAUCAGGCGGGAAGCCCAGGGAAGGAGCAGCGAGACGCCGGGCGUGCGGCCCAGGAGCGGCGGGGCAGCUGGAGGACAGAGUGGGAACCUCAGGAUCCUCGGCCGCAGGCGCCCACGCGCGGAGGGAGCCAUACCCGAGCGUCGGCGGGGGCCGGAGCCCGGUGGGGCUCAGAAACAGGGGCGCCCCCGUGCGGAGCUGCCGGGCCGCCUGGGCGCGGCGGCCGAGGCCAUGCUCAAGCCCAAGGACCUGUGCCCCCGAGCGGGUACGCGUACCUUCCUGGAGGCCAUGCAGGCGGGCAAAGUGCACCUGGCCCGCUUUGUGCUGGAUGCGCUGGACCGCAGCAUCAUCGACUGCCGCGCGGAGCAGGGCCGCACGCCGCUCAUGGUGGCCGUGAGCUUGCCAGACCCCGCGCUGCGCGCGCGCUUUGUGCGACUACUGCUGGAGCAGGGUGCAGCAGUGAACCUGCGGGACGAGCGCGGCCGCACGGCGCUCAGCCUGGCGUGCGAGCGCGGCCACCUGGACGCCGUGCAACUGCUGGUGCAGUUCAGCGGCGACCCCGAGGCGGCCGACUCGGCGGGCAAUAGCCCGGUGAUGUGGGCGGCAGCGUGCGGCCACGGGGCGGUGCUCGAGUUCCUGGUGCGCUCUUUCCGCCGCCUCGGCCUGCGCCUCGACCGCACCAACCGGGCGGGCCACACGGCGUUGCAACUGGCCGCCGCCCGCGGCCACGGGACCUGUGUGCAGGCCCUCACCGGGCCCUGGGGCCGCGCAGCCGCCGCCGCCGCCGCCGCGGCUCGGGGCUCCAACUCCGACAGCCCCCCUGGCCGUCCGGCUCCCGCGCCCAGCCCGGAGCGCCGAAGACCCAGUCCCCGCCGCCUACCGCGGCCGCUUCUGGCGCGCUUUGCUCGAGCGGCCGGCGGCCAUGGUCACGGCGGCGAGGCUGGCUCAGGGGGUAAGGGCUUCGGUCGGCACCGGGUGCAGGGCAGCGAGCGGCCGGAGCUGGGCCGGAGCAUGAGCCUGGCGUUGGGUGCCGUGACCGAGGAGGAGGCGGCUCGACUGCGGGCGGGAGCCCUGAUGGCACAACCACACUCGCCUCAGUCUUCAGGCGUUGGGCGGUGGCGUUCGCAGGAGGUGCUGGAGGGAGCGCCCCCAACCUUAGUGCAAGCCCCUGUCGGCCUUAGCCCCCACCCCGAGGGCGGCCCCGGCUCUGGCCGCUCGGGUUUGCGCCGACGCUCUACAGCUCCAGACAUCCCCAGCCUGGUCGGGGAAGCACCUGGGCCCGAGAGCGGCUCAGAAUUAGAGCCCAACGCUCUGCCCCAUUCGGUGCCUGGGCCUCAGCCUUGGCAGGCGGGCAUGGAGGCCGUGGUGCUGCACGCUCAGCAGUAAACAGCCUCGAGGCCGAGCCCUGCUCCCCCCACCUUCCCCUCUCUGCUCCACUGGGAUUUCUUUUUCCCAGGUCCCUCACCUUCCUGGCAGUUUCCCACCCCCAGAUCCUAGCACCUGUCCCUGCUGCCAAGGUGAGAGCUCCCUCAGCCCUCUCUCGGAAACGUACCCCUAUCUUAUUUCUUUUUUGUGCUUGUUGGUAUUCCUUGCCCGAGUCGCUCACCUUUGCUAAAGGCCUGCCGUUCCAGUCCCGGAGGCGAGGAGUAGAAGACUGGAUCCGUAGGCUACAGCUUUCCAGCUGGACCCCCUUCCCUGAGCGCUAAGGCGCACUCCCGCGUCUUUCAGGCUCCUGCCGGGUUUCCUUCCCCUUGCCGGGUUUUCCCACACCCUAGUCAGCCAGCCAGGCAGAAGAGUUGUCCUGUAGAACAAAGGCCUAGCCUCCCCACCCCCCACUCCCC